AUGUCAAGCUCUCUAGAAUUGAAUGAAGACGAAUGGUUGUAAAGAUGGGGAUAUUCAGUGUUUACAUCGUAAAUAAAGCUGGUGGAUUAAUUUAUCAAUAUGAUCAUAAUACACAAAGACCAGAAGUUGAAAAAACAUUUAGUUAUCCUCUAGAACUUGUAUUGAAAACAUUUGAUGAUAAAGUAGUGGUCGCUUUCGGCGAGAGAGAUGGAAUCAAAGUGGGUCAUACAGUUUUAUCUAUUAAUGGGAUACCAGCAGCGGGAAAAGUUUUACAAGACAGACGAGAUAUAUUAGAUGUUCUAAAUGAUGAAAGUAACUACCCAAUUAAUAUUAAAUUUGGUCGUGCCAAACUCACAGCCAAUGAAAAACUGAUGUUGGCUAGUAUGUUUCAUUCGUUAUUUGCUAUAGGUUGUCAAUUGUCACCGGAACAGAGAUCAUCAGGAAUAGAUCUAUUAGAAACAGAUACAUUUAAACUACAUUGUUUUCAAACUAUGACAGGUAUAAAAUUCAUAGUUAUGACAGAUCCCAAACAAACAGCAGUUGAAAUAUUUUUAAAGAAGUUAUAUGAAGUUUACUCCGAUUUUGCUUUAAAAAAUCCAUUUUAUUCACUCGAUAUGCCAAUAAGGUGUGAUUUAUUUGAAACCAAUCUACAAGCAGCUAUAGAACAAGCUGAAAGACAGGGUGUAUCUAAUAUAUAGACCUAUAAUUAUACAAACUAUUACAUUGUCCAAUCUUUUAUUUUAAUUUAUAAUAACUUAUUCCCCUGUAUUCUCCAAUGUAGAUUAGGAUUAAACACUAGCCUAAAUGCAACCCUUACAAACUAAAAUGUUUUUUUGAUUUUAAUAUUAUCACAUUUUGAAUUUCAUAAAAUAUACUCUUCAAAAAAAGUAGGGGAUAUCCAGAAACAAUACAACACUGCGGAAAUGCACUGCUGUUUUUUAUUAAAGGUAACUAGUGUAUGUUAAUAACAGGCCAAUUGCCUACACAUGCACAUAAACAGUUCAUAUGGGCGGCUUAUCAGACAGAACCAUUUUACUCGCAAAGAGAUACACCGUCAAAUGUGUAAAUGGACGUUUUUGAUUUUUGUCUUAAUAAUGAGUAAUUGCUCCACCAAUCCUCAGACAUUCAGCAAUUCGUCGUGGCAUGCUCCUAAUCAACCGUCCAAUCAUGAUUUGGGGCAAUCUGACCCACUCCUCUUGCAGUGCCACGGUCAAUACUUGCAGUGUUGUCGGUUGAUAUUGACGUUGACGAACAAGUCCCCCGAUCAAAUUAAACGUAACAUUCUCAAGCAAAGAUACGCUAAACAGUAAAUCUUAUGCAAGAACCGAUAGGAAAGCAAACAUGGAUAGAUAAACCAGCACGCAGCAGUUUUCAUCAACCCUUCCUUGAAAUGUCAAAUUUGACAAUGAAUCCCUCCCACAUGUAUGGCGCUAUUGCUUGUCGCAUGUGCAGCUCAGUGGUUCUGUUGGGGCGAUAAGUUCUUCAUCUGUGAACAUACUCUCAAAGCAUGUCAAAUGUCCAUGACUUUUUAUCAUAUCGUAACCUGCAUAGGUAUUUGCAUUUCAAUAUCCCCUACUUUUUUUGAAGAAUAUAUUUAGAAAUUACAUUCUUAAAGAGGCAUAAUGUAACUAAUGUAAGAGAUAAAUCAGCCGAUUGCAGGUCUUUCUUUGGACCUUAAAUGUUACAUAAAUCAUUAAAUAGUCAUUUAUUAACAUGAUAAAACCAUAAUCAACUCUCGAUGGUAUUGGAUGGAUCCGAUUUUAAGUAGAUUGGAACGGUUCAGCCAUUUAAUGAUUUAAUUUAUAAAUGGAGAAGCAAGGCUAAGACUUGAAUAACCAGUACGGUGGUUAUGAUGAAUGUACACAUCUUGUCAAAACUACAACUAUUGAUAACUUUGCUAAAAUUUAAGUAAUAUGAAUGAAAUUUUCAAUAUAUUCAUUUUGCAUUAUCUAUUUUUGAAAUAUUAUAAAUAUUAUAAAUCUUACAUAAUUCCCCUUUAAUGAAAAUAAUAUAAUCAAGCACACAUUCAAUUAUUAUCUAAUGUUGAGUAAUUAAACUUAAUUGUAUAAUCUCAGUUAGUUCUGAAUUUUGUUACAUUGUACUCUCGAAUAGUUAUCAAAGAUACUUUCCCAGAAAAGUAUUUAUCGGGUGGUUAUUUUCAAUAAAAGUAUGUCAAAUUUGGUAUAUAUGGAAAGUAUAGACACCCAUUCUUACUAGAACAAUACUGGAUUACCCGAAAAACGGCCAUGGGGCAAGCACUGGGCAAAAUUAUCAGGGCAUCACUAACUGACAAACCGACUGUUGACUGCUAGCUUAUUGUGUGCUAGCUUAAGGGAGGCCUCAAUAUGUGUGGUAAAUGUACAGUAAGUAAUGAUAAAUACAUUCUGAAAAAUGGACCCUCCCACAAUGAAGCCAAGUUGACAGACAUUGCAUCUAACAACAGCUUACUUAUAGCUAUAGAUAGGUGUCCCUAUUGAAGCAAAUUUUUGAUAGAUUGGUUACUUUGAAUAUGUUUUUAGUCCAAAUAUAUCAUCAAAUCACAAAGUUUGUACCCGGGAAGGUAUCUUUAACUGAAAGAAAUAGGUGACAUUUGAUAUUAAUCCCUUUGAUAAUAGUUUACUGUAGUGAUACUGUAGUGAAGAUAUCAGUAACCAGUCUUUUGUAAAUAUCUAUGUUAAGUCUUUGUUGAUAUAGUGUAUGGUAUACAUAUAAAUACAUGUGAUUCAGACUCUGUAUAUUAUGUGAAUAUGUUUUAAUUUAGAUAUAAUAUCAUUUGAUAUUUUGUUAAUUAUAUCAAAUUCAUCAUUGUAAGCUAUUUGUAAAAAUGUCAUUAAAGUUUGAGAAAUGUG